UCGGGUAAAAAGAACAAUCAUCAAGGUAAGAUUUCGGAAAGUAUCUCUGCUGAGCCAUAUUUGGCCACCAAACCAAACCUGAGUUGCACGUGCGCGUCUGUAACCCUCAGAAGUGUGCGAUGACAUGAAGUAGUUUUAAAAAGUAAAAGCAGAAGUUACAGGGACAAAAAAUGGGUUUAACCAAACAAUAUUUGAGGUACACACCAGCGGGUAAUGCAAAUAUAAUUGCAAGUCCUCGAUGCAACGUUGUUUUUGUACCAUUGGAAGCUCAAGAGGGUAGAUAUGUAGCUGCUGCUGCAUGUGAACAUGUAUAUAUUUGGGAUCUGCGACGUGGAGAAAAAACACUAGUGCUUUCUGGUGAAAAAGCAUGUGUAACGCAUCUAACUGCGUCACCGGACAAAAAACACAUAGCUGUUGGUUACACAGAUGGGACAGUAAAAAUUUUUGAUUUGAGUUCAGGUGAAAAUAAUAGUAUAUUUGUAGGACACAAAUCUGAGAUAACAGCCUUGGCGUAUGACAUUCUAGGACACAGAUUAGCUACUGGUUCUAAGGAUACAGAUGUCAUUGUUUGGGAUGUUGUAGCAGAAACUGGAAUAUGUCGGUUAACUGGACACAAGGGUGUGAUAACCAAGUUGAUAUUUAUGAAGGAAAAGAAUAUUCUUGUUAGUUCUAGCAAAGAUACGUUUGUGAAAUUUUGGGAUUUGGACACGGAACAUAAUUUCAAAACUCUUGUGGGCCACAGAUCAGAAGUUUGGAGUUUAGCUUUGGUAAACAAUGACGAGUAUUUAAUAACAGGAUGCAACGAUAGAGAACUGCGAGUUUGGAAAAUAACUUUUCUCGAUGACAAAGGUAUUGAGUGCGAUACUGCAAUAAGUAAUUUGAGCCUGGAUGAGGAUGUUGAGGAAAGUGUGGAUACCGACAUGAAAUAUCCAAUAAAAUGUGAAAAAGCUGGGAGCAUAUUGAGAGCUGGAGGAGGUCGUGUGGUCUCUCUAGAAGUUGAUUCCACAUGCAAAGUUGUCGGAUGUUACGGAGUGGGAAAUUCUGUGGAAUUGUUUUAUUUAUUACCCAAUGACGUGGUAAAGAGUAGAUUUACAAAAAGACUGAAGAGAGAAAGACAGAAAGCUGAACAGGAAGGAGACGAUGCAAAGAAAGCGCUAUCGAAGGAACCGUCUCUCAAGGACAAGAUAAAACGUUUACCCGUCGUUCAAUUUUCCGGUAAAGUAAAGGGACUCGACUUAAUUCUAGGCAAAGGAAAUGAACUCAGAUUGUGCGUUGGAGUUAACAAUAACUCGAUCGAAUUACAUUCCUUGAUUGUGGAAGAGAAGAAUCCCGAGGUGAGAUGUUUGCGCUCGAUAACCGUGCAUGGACAUCGUACAGACGUUCGAGCUAUCUGCUUCAGUUCAGACAAUUUGGCAUUUGCUACUGUGAGCGGAGAUUCUGUUAAACUAUGGAACAGGCCAACGUUGGCGUGUUUACGUACGGUGCCGUGUGGUUAUGCAUUGACGGUAACGUUUGUGCCGGGUGACAGGCAUUUAAUUGUUGGCUUAAAAAGCGGUAAAAUGCUUAUCAUUGACAUUGCAUCUGGUGAUAUUUUGGAAGAAGUAUCGGCACAUUCUAAAGAACUUUGGAGCGUGACAUUAUUUCCUGACUUGAAAGGAGUUGCUAGCGGCAGUGGUGAUCAGACGGUGAAGUUUUGGAAUUUCGAACUCAUUCAGGAUUCCGACUAUCUUAUAAAGGCGAAGGUUCUCUCGGUGGUGCAUACAAGAACGCUCAAGCUCGAAGAAAGUGUAUUGUGUGUAAGAAUAAGUCCGAAUAACAGAUUCGUUGCUGCUUCUCUAUUGGACUCCACCGUCAAAAUCUUUUUCUUGGACACAUUUAAGUUCUUCAUAUCGCUUUACGGACACAAGUUACCGGUACUGUGCAUGGACAUAUCCAGCGAUUCCGCGCUCAUAGCAACCGGUUCCGCCGAUCGCAACGUUAAGAUCUGGGGUCUCGAUUUCGGCGAUUGUCACAAGUCCUUGUUUGCGCACGACGAUUCUGUCACCGGUCUUUCGUUCGUGCCCGGAACUCACUACUACUUUACGUCUGGAAAGGAUGGCAAGAUAAAACAAUGGGAUGCUGAUAUAUUUCAAAAGAUCGUCACGUUACAAGGUCAUGCUGGUGAAAGUUGGAAUUGUUGCGUUUCGCCAAACGGAGCUUAUGUCGCGUCGUGCGGUUCUGACAGAGUAAUUAGAUUGUACGAGAAAACUAACGAACCUUUAGUAUUGGAAGACGAGGCCGAGGAAGAAAGAGCCGAACAAGAAAACGAAUUGGCAACCGGAGAAACUACCGCGGUUUUGGGACAAAAGCAACAAGCUCUACCUUCCAGAAAGACUGUUAGCAGUGAAAAGGCUGCUGAACUGAUAUUAGAAUGUUUAGAAGUGUCCAAACAGUUUGAGACAGAGUUGAGUAAAAGUGAGGGCAAAACGCCCGUUCUUCCUUUGCUGAUGCAAGCGUACAAUUGUACAACCACGCAAGACUUUCUAUUAGAAACUUUCAAGCGCGUUAGAACAAGCGAAUUGGAAGAGACGCUGAUGUUGCUGCCGUAUUCCGCCGCUUGUGAUAUUCUGCAAAAACUUUCUGACUUGUUGAAGAGGGAUUGUCACACCGAACUGGCAGCCCGAAUAACUUUGUGUUUAAUACAAGCGCAUCACGGUCCGAUAGUGGCCAAUCAAAAUCUUUUAUCCACACUGGAGAUGUUGAAGAAACUCGCUGUGGAAAAGAUAUCCACGUUAAGGGAUACUGUCGGUUUCAAUUUGCAUGGAAUGAUGUACAUACAACGUAUCAUCGAGGAAAAAGAGGGAGUGAAAUUCUUUAGAGACGCUACUAAGAACAGCAAGCACAAGAACGCGCUCAAGCGAAACAGAGAGAAGGCUGUAAAGAGAGCAAUUAUGAAUCUGUAGGUGGUCCUCUUUGAACGACAACGGAGAGACUACAACAAGUACAAUCGAUUUUUAUAUGUUUAUGUAGAUAAAUAUAAAGCAAUA